GGUUUGCAGAACGCAUCCAUUUAUAUAUUCCCAGUGUUUGUUUACGAACGGCAUUCUCGCUAAAAACGCAAGUAAAUUACAUUCGAAAAAAACAAACAAAUCAUGUCCUUAGUGGCCUACGAAUACAGCAGCGACGAAGAAUCGGAUCAUGGGCAACCGGAAGAACCUAAGCAAUCGGUGGUUAAACAAAACGGCACACCGAAAGACCCCACCAGCUCGGAACAAAACGCAAUAGAACCCGAAGACCCCAUCGAAGACGAACCCGAGACGCCCAAGAAUCAUCUACAUCUUCCAGCCCCAAAACAUCUAAACGAUCUCAGUGUGGUGGAAGAAGAUGACGAAUUCCUGCACAAAAAGGCAAUCCCGGCGAACAUUCCACUACCUCAGCCGCCGCCCGCCCUGAGCCUGCCCGCGAGGCCCAAAGUACGCAAUGGCAAGGUGCAAAUUACCAUCCCUUCGAUGAAGGAGUUCGCAGAUGGCGAAGAUGUGCAGAGUGCCAAGAAAGAAAAGCCAAUCAUUGGUGCGGCACUGCCGAAGAAAACGACCAACCUGCUCAGUAUGCUACCGAAACCGCGAACAGCACUGUUCGACUCCAAACCGUCAGCGUCCAGCAGCUCUGCCGGUCCAUCAACAAGCGCUACUAGCUUUAGCAAACGUCUCGUGCCGGAUUCCGUUGCUAACCGGCCACGCAAUGUUCCGCUGAGUACGAUCAAACCGAGCAAACCAGCCCAACCAGCUGCAUCAUCUACGCAACCAGCCAACAGUGACGAGGACGAUGAUGGAGACGAGCUUACGGUUGAUUUCUUCUCGUUCAACAAAGUCGAGGAAUUGCCCACAGUCAGUACGAACGAAAUCAGUGCGAUGGUUGCUAGAAAGGCCGCGAAACUUGCGGAGAACGUACGUAAGUUGACUGAAUCGGAGGAACAAGCCGCAGCCAGUGCAUCGGCAGCGUUCGAGAAUGCUUCAGCUCUAACGCGCCAGGUGGAAGAUGCAUCGGAAGAUUUAGCAAGCGAAACUGCCUUGUCCGCGCUCAUCGGAGGCAACCGUGCUAAGCGUGCCCGCAUUGAAGAGGUCGAUCUGAUCGACAUCACGUCUGCCGAUAUCGUACCCUCGAAGGAAGACUUCCUACGACGCCAGCUGCAGGAUGAGACGGGAUACGUGCCGACUGGACAUCUGGUAGGCGAUUGGACGUGCACCAGCAAGCGAAAAUCACAUAUUACACAGCUGGCAAGCAAGGCGCAGGCAAAUGCCCAAGAGCUGGAAGCGAUGUGGGCCGCGAACCGGCAGUCAAGACGGCAAACUCAAAGUAAAUACGGGUUUUGAGUACAAAUCGGUGUCCGGAAGAUGGAACUGUUUUCCGCCGAUUGCGAUUUGUUAAUAAUUAAAAUUCGGUUAAAUAAAUCUAACUUUCCUAAUCUAUAUUCUGGUUUUGUAUUAAAUACUUAUCAAAUAAAACUUCCUUUUCCGGUA